GAACGGUCGACCUGGAAAAAGCAGCAAGCACCACUCGUAGGAGCGCAACACCGAGCAGCAGUUCCCUUCAACCACCGGACGCCACUCUCUGGCGAAUGGUGUUACAAACAUUCUCAAUUAGAAAUAUAUAUAAAACCAAGUGGGGCACUGUCUUGCCGUGUCAUUACAAAUCUGCCGUUUGAAAAGUCGAUGUCACAGUGAAAACGCGAAAUCUAAAAGAAUAUCUAACUUACAGAAAAGAAAUGCAAUUGCAUGCAGACUGUGAAGGACAGUGAAUAUUUGAAAACUUUUUGGUGUUUUUAAGUUUUGUGCAAAACUUUUUUUCCACUUGUAUUUCGGUUGUCCGUGGAAAGUUUCAACUCUUCGUGUGUGAUUUUUUUUUUUUUUUUUUGGAUAAAACUCGCAUACUUAUUUACCUUAACUGUGCAGUUUACUGAAUUAUUUCGCAACAACUAAACCAAAAUCUAAAUGUUUAAAAAAUUAUAAAAAGUUUUUGCAUAAAUUUAUUUUAAAUGUUGAAACGCAAACGUUAUAAAAAGCAACACAACCACUAAAUGUGAGAAGAAAAACGCAAUUUGCGCAGCAAAAUUAAAAAGUAGUUGGAAAAAACCAAAAGUUGUAUGCUCCAGCCACGUCACGGUGUAAAGUUUGCCAUGAACCUCAUACCAAAUAUGUGCGAUAAAAUGUUUAUACUGAUUUUAUUUUAUUAUAACGGUUCAUAUAAUUGGAGUAAAAAGGUUUAAACAAAUAGAAAACGCAUAGCACUUGAAGCGCAGCACGCAGUAAAGCCGCAGAGGAAGGACACCAGUGUAGCAGUGCGCGGCAGUGACGUUGGGACGGACAAUUUGUCGACGUGUAAAAAGUACGAGAAUUCGCAAAUUUAAUUUUAUGAAGUAAAAUAUUUUUCAACACUUUGAAUUUUGAAAAACAAAAAAAUUAAUAUUACUAAGAAAACCAAUUAACAACAACAAAAAUAAUUACAAAAAUUUGUGUAUAAACAACAACAACAAUAAUUACAAAAAUUUGUGUAUUAACUAAAUAAAAAUCAGCAACGAAUUUUGAAAUACUUGAAACAUAAACAAAAAGUAAGUAUUUCACAACUCGCGGAAAAUUCGCCAAACAGCGCGAAAGUGGAUAACUCGAAAAAGAAAUCGCCUGUCAACACAAACAUGCCUAACGAAUUCUAAAGAUAAAAACGGCAAGUAAAUAGUGAAAACAGGUAAUAAACAUUAAAAACGUUAAUAAAAAAGUGAACAAUAGCCAAAAAACAGUAAAAAAGAGUUACGAGGCGCUUACGUACAAACAUUAAGUAAACAAAAAAAUUCCAAAACAAUAAAACAAGCAGUAAACGAAACGAUUUUUAUUUUCGCACAGCACUACGUCAGCUGCCGGAAAGUGCAAGCCGUUUGGAGUGCAAACUAAGCAAUUGUCGGAUAUUGCGACUCCGAGCCACGCUGCGCCUAUCAGCAGACCAUAGACAAGCAGUCAAGCAGCUAAGCCGUCAGUCAGCUGUUUACGACGCAAUAAAGGUUUACAAAUACAACUACAUACAUAUAUGUAUGUGUGUGUACAUUUGUAUGUAUGAAUGUGUAUGCAUUUAGAGCGGUGAAAUAUUUAUUGUGAUUAAAUUACCUGUGCAGCAGGCACUACACGCCGCGUAAAUUGUCUCCUAACCCCGCUGUCAGCACUGACAGCUGUAUAACUGUCGUAAAUCGACGUUACAAACUAGCGUAGUGGCACAAUAAAGCCAUAAAUUGGGCUGUAGAGACGUCAGCGGCGUAGACCUUCAAAGCCAAAACACAAGCAACAGCAUAGACAACAACAAAUACAACAAAUAUUGAAAAGCAAACUUUUGUUAUCGUGCCACACAACUAAUACACGUACAUACAUAUAUGUAUAUAUACGUGUGACUGUGACAGCGACAAAGCAAAAAAUAACAAUAAACAUAACAACAAGAAAAACAAAAAUAAAAUAUAAAAGAGAAAUAAGAAAUAAGAAAAAAACUAAAAAAAAUCAAAAUAAAAAUAAUACAAAAUAAAGUAAAAAUAUUUUACUAAUAAUCAAAGCAGCACACAAACAAAGCGCGGCAUUAGUUGUACAUUAGCGCAAACAGACAUACACACAUCCACACAUUCAGACAGAUAGACGUAGUCUGAUAGCUGGCAUUCGCCACUCGCCGCCGAUCAUCGGCUCUAUAUAUAUGCGCUGGCACAGCUCGUAGCCACAGAUCGUACGUAUUCUGAUCGUCAUUUAAUGUGCAUAGCAAAUUGCCAACAAUUCAGUCGUCUUUUGACUUUUGUGCGGAUAACUACCAAGCGAACAAGGAUCACAGUGCAUUGAGCUACAAACAAAAGGAGAACAGCGCCCAGAGAGCCACACAAAAAAACAAACAACAGCAGCGACAGCUACCAGCGUUAAACCGUUCCAAAUCGCCAAGUAAUUUGGAUCGUUAGAAUUUUCUGUGCUGAACGGUGCAAAGAAACCGUUUUCCAAUGUCGAUUAAUUCGCCAAUACACACAAACUCUGACCUGAUUUAAACAGGCAAAAAGCAGGCAACCAAUUCGUAUAGCAGUGCGUGUUAAAAACAACAACAACAACAGCAAUUAGAACAACGCCACACAUAAAGGGUGUUGUUUUUUCGUUUCCGUUUCGUUUUCGAAAAUAUUAUCUAUCAGUUUCGUUUUACGUUUCUCGUUUUUCCUUGUUUUUUUUUUAACUGCGUUUCGCUCAUUUAUACUUCGUGUUGAGCCAUAAUUGGAGAGGAAAAAAAGUGAGUGUAACACAAAACCUAUACGCAAGUGCGGUUCCAAAGCAGUUUUAGCAAAAAAUCACGUGCAAUUAAGUAUUUACUACAAAAACGCACAGCGCACAACAAAAACAAGUUUGACAUAGUAAACAAACAAGUGACUCAUUGGAACCAAAAGGUGUCGACAGCACUUAAGUGAAGCCAGAGACUUCCAGGCAAAUCAAUCUUGUAGGCUACUACAGCGUACUCUCGCGCUCUUAUAUAUAGCCAACCAAACGUUUGCAGCGUCGAUCAGUCGUUAGCGAGCAGUUACAGACGAUCGUGUGUUGCGAAACGUGCGUUUAGCGCGUUGCAAAGUACAAAACAAAAAACACUUUUACGUUUAAUUUAAUCACGUUUUCUGUGCAAAACAUAAUAAACAAUAUAGAAUUGUUGCGUAUUAACGGUGGUGAACUCAAACAACAAUCUGAAGAAACAAAGAAUUUAAUUUAUCCGGGCUUUGGCCGUUGUAUGGAGCUUUCUAAACAACCAUCGUAUUUUGGAGACGAGCCGGACCUCCUGUUCAAAAGCGCGCAGGGCCGGAAUAGUCUAUUUUCUUCGUGUAACGGUGCUGCAGCCGCCUCCGCCGCCGCUCCAGCAACCGCUGCCGCUACAGCUACCGCUAUUCCAUUAACAAAUAACGCAACAGCCAAAAUUAAUCUAGAAACCUCAUUAAAUGAUUGCGAAAGUGGCUACGUGCCAACGGUUGGCCGUUGGGGCGCCGAAUGGCCAAGUUGACUCGCCGAAGCCAGCCUGGUGCGAUGUGGCGCCGCCGCCGCAAGCACAACAGCUGUUGAAGCAGCUGUUGUUGUUGGCUCCGGCGCCGAUGCCGGUCCAUCGGCGGGUACGGUACGAGUUGGAUUGACUACGAACACCGUUCCUGUUCAAGAUAGACCACAAACCAACAACGGCCAACGAAUUGUUGUCGCCCAACAGCAGCAAUGCAACGUGGACAACGGCAACAAGGCGUGGUCGACGGACAACCACCAUGAUGUUGAUGAAAGCCAUGUGGAUGAUGACAACGACACUGGUGGACGACGCGUUACAAAUGGUUACGAUGCAGUUGGUGCAGCCGCAGCAGCAGCAACAGCCGCAACAACAACAGUUGACAGCAAAAUUAAAAAUGUUGAGAACAACAUGGUGGAAGCUGUUGUGGCCGGUGCCAUUGCAAUUGACUCCGAUACGAUUGGAAACAUUGACAAAGUGGAUAAUGUGACAUCGAAUGCAUCAAUGGAACGCUGCUCGAACAUACGUAAACUACUUGAGGAGCAGCAUCGCAAAUGGUGGCGCAACCAAAUGCACGGCCAACAAGAAUGGUGGGCCGAUGAGGAUAGCUACAAUUUAACUGCAUUCAAUCAAAUCAAUGGAAUCUGGCCACUGGGACAUCCGCUGCCGUUGCCCGAUUGGGCAGCCGGUUGUGAUGAUGAAUACGCCAAAGGCGUACUACAUUUCGAUUCGGUUUGGGAAUAUGAAGAUCUAAAUGCGAUUAUUGAGACGAAAUUACAUCGUAUGCUCGAGGAGACACAUUACGAUACAGUUAACUUAUUUGUGGACUUUUAUCGCGCCUUCAAGCGUACACGUCGCUCGGAUCUGAAGUCGUUCUUCCAAUUCUACGACUUGCCCAUAAACCGGCGCCAUCACAUGUGUGUCUCAUUGGCUAUGGAGAUAAUGACACGCAUUAUUGAGAUCUUUCCAGUGCUACAACAUUAUUUGUAUUUAGUUUCGUGCGAAGAACAGGUCAUGUCGCAAAGUGACUACAUUGAAAGCACCGAUGAAGUGGGUGGUUUGAACUCGCCGCAUGCCAACGUCGAAAAGGAACACGCUAUGGUUGCUAUGAAAAUAUCGAUUGCCGGACGUGAAGGUGUUAUGAUAUUGGAUCCGGGUUAUCACAUCGGACGUGCCGUUACCGUGAUGUCUGACCAAAUGUACCCACAUACAGGUUGGUUCACACAGUCGAAGGAAGCGCGUCUGCAACGUGACUACUGCUACAACUAUUGUUUGCAAAACAAGAAGUUCGUUGAAUGGAUGGAACGUGAAACACGCGGCGAUGAGCAAUCAUUCAAAUCAUCACUCAUCUACGUCGAACAGCCCUAUGUGACGGCGAUCGAUGUGACAGUGCGUCGCAAUCUGGUGUAUAACUUCCGCUCGCUGUUGUCGCGUGACGCCAAAGGACGUGUGUUCGCGGGCAUUUACCUACCGGUUGUGCCAAACUGCAACGAGUCACAUUUCACCCUCUUCUAUGAUGGACCAAAUGAUCAGCGCAUAAAAGUGAAAUUCAUGUUCAACGUCUUCAAGAACCCAGGAAAGAUUCCCGAUAAUGUGCAGCAACAUUUGUGCAAAUUGGCACCGCAGUUAAAUAUGAAAGAGAAGGAGCUCACCGAACUCUGUAAAUCCUUAGCCGAUGUCAUCAACGAUCAAGAUUUCAUACAACAAUUAUUGUCCAUUAAUGAGGAUAUCGGCGUUAUGUCAGCUGAAAAUUGACAAUUAAAGGAUAAAAAGGUCGAUGCUAACCUAAAAGGUGUGGAAGAACACAAACCACCUAACGCAAAUGGCACGACUGCAAUAACAACGUCAACAGUGGGAGCUCAUUCGAGUGUCAGCUCGACAUAAACUUAGAUAUUUUCUCUGCAACUUAAUUAUUCCUCAUUUCACACUUAUAAAAAGUUAAAGUAGAACAAAAAUAACAAAAAAAAAAACAUAUAUAAGCAAGAAUUCUUCAUAAUGCACUUAGAUGAAACAACAAAAUUAAAGCAUGAAAAAUUAAGUAUAUACAAAUAUACGGGGUUACUAGUUUACUGGUAGUUUGACGACAUUUAUUCUUAACUUAAAACAAAAAUUAUUCCACACAUAUAAACAAGUUAACUCUAAUAAAAAAUAUUAUGUACUAUAUACAUACUAUAUGCAAAGUACUUGAGAAAACAAAUGUCAAUCUUUAGAGAUUAUUUAACACUAUAUACACAACCAUUAGAAUGUUACAAUUUGUAUUCACACAGCUAAAAUAUUUUUGCUCAUUUAAUUGUUUAGUUAAUUCUCAUUUGACUACUGCUUCACUAUAACGGUGGAUAUCAUGUCUUGCUACGCUAGUUUUAACCACUUAAAUACUUACAUAUAUAAAGAAAUUGUAGCAAUUGUAAAAUGCGUGCUGCGCACAGUUUAGCCAGUUAUUAAUAUAAAAUAAUGUGCAAUUUUUUCAAAUAAGCAAAUACUAAUUGCAACAGUAUCACAGGUACAUACUUAUAUGUAUAGAGCAAAUGAUAUGUGAGACUUUUAAACGCAAGCUUGUAGCCGCAUAACAUACACUUAAACACAAGGACAUGAUAUUCCUAAAUAGUAAAUGAAUUUUUGUGACUCACCACUAGACUCUACCUAUGCAUACACCCGCUAUAAUAUUAUAUUAUUAUUGUAAUGAUCAUUCUUUAAUUUAGUGUUUUCAAUUAAAGGCAAAUAUAAGAAGAAGAGAAGAGGCGGAAUAAUGUGGAAAAUUAUUGUUUAAAAAAUAUACAAGACCAUAUAUUUAAAACACUUAUGUAACGUAGCUUAUAUAUAUAUAUAUUCUAUGCACGAAAUAAACUUUACUUUGACAAAAAUAAAA